AUGAGGUUUUCAGGCACCCAGUUUGCCCAGUUGAACCAGCCUUCCCCAAAUGUGGACCUGGUCACUCGCUCUGCAGCUAGGGAUAUCAGGCAUAAAGCAGAAUCUGCAGGGAUUAUCAUCCCUCUGGCUAGCCAACAAAGUGAUAAAGUCAUCCGGAUUGUUCCUGACAGUGAAAGGGAAACACAGAUCCUGAAGGCUGUAUUUAGCAGAAUUAAGAAAGCAGAAUCGAGUCAGCCGUUCAAGAGGUACUUUGAACAACACAGGUUGGUUCCUGCACUACAGGUGGACCUGUGGCAGCCCAGCAGCACCUCGUACAUUGCCGAAGGAACGGUCACCGACCUGAGAGUACCACACAACACGUCCCAGCUUCUGCUGCCCUCCCUCCAGCAGACCAACAUCCCCUACACGAUUCUCAUAUCAGAUUUACAGAAAGCAAUAGAAAAGCAAUCUGGACGGAGGCCACAAAGAAAUCGAAGGUCUCUUCUUGAGUACAACUAUGAAGUAUAUCACUCGCUGGACGAAAUCCAGAAUUGGAUGUAUCAUCUGAAUGAAACUUAUUCAGAUCUUAUUCAUAUGUUCUCAGUUGGAAAAUCCUAUGAAGGCAGACCGCUGUUUGUACUCAAGUUAGGUAAAAGAUCACAGCCUUACAAGAAAGCUGUCUGGAUAGACUGUGGGAUUCAUGCAAGAGAGUGGAUUGGACCUGCCUUUUGCCAGUGGUUCGUGAAAGAAGCUCUUCAGACAUACCAGACUGAUCCUGCCAUGAGAAAGAUGCUAACUCAGCUGUAUUUCUAUAUCAUGCCUGUAUUUAAUGUGGAUGGAUAUCAUUUUAGCUGGACAUAUGAUCGAUUUUGGAGAAAAACAAGAUCAAAGAACUCAAGGUUUCGGUGCCAUGGUGUUGACGCCAAUCGCAACUGGAAAGUGAAGUGGUGCGAUGAAGGUGCUUCACUUCACCCGUGUGAUGACACCUACUGUGGUCCCUUCCCUGAGUCCGAGCCUGAAGUUAAGGCUGUUGCUCAUUUUCUCCGCAGACAUCGCAAACAGAUCAAAGCCUAUCUGUCCUUCCAUGCCUAUGCUCAGAUGCUGCUCUACCCCUACUCUUACAAGUAUGCAACGAUUCCAAACUUCAGCUGUGUGGAAUCUGCAGCCUAUAAUGCCGUUAAUGCUCUCCAGUCAGCUUAUGGGAUACGAUACAGAUACGGUCCUGCAUCCAGCACGCUGUAUGUGAGCUCUGGUAGCUCUAUGGACUGGGCCUACAAAAAUGGCAUUCCCUAUGCAUUUGCGUUCGAGCUGCGCGAUACUGGACACUUUGGAUUUUUACUUCCCGAGACGCUCAUCAAACCAACGUGCACAGAGACCAUGCUUGCAGUUAAAAAUAUAACCCUGCAUCUGCUGAAGAAAUGUCACUGAAGCUGUGUCUAGGAUCUGGAAUUCAAUGUUCACUUCCAAUGUU